AUGUUUGCUUGCACCGUGGCAAGUGUUGGAGACGCUGGUGCACUCGCCGCACCUCCGCGAGACGCUGCUCGUGAGUGGACAAUGGCCUCUAUUCUUAUUGGGCGUUGGGGCGAUGUUUGCUUGGAUCGGCAAGCGUUGGAGACGCUGCUCGUGAGUGGACAAUGGCCUCUAUUCUCAUUGGACGUUGGGGCGAUGUUUGCUUGCACCGCGGCAAGUGUUGGAGACGCUGGUGCACUCGCCGCACUUCCGCGAGACGCUGCUCGUGAGUGGACAAUGGCCUCUAUUCUUAUUGGGCGUUGGGGCGAUGUUUGCUUGGAUCGGCAAGUAUUGGAGACGCUGCUCGUGAGUGGACAAUGGCCUCUAUUCUCAUUGGACGUUGGGGCGAUGUUUGCUUGCACCGCGGCAAGUGUUGGAGACGCUGCUCGUGAGUGGACAAUGGCUUCUAUUCUCAUUGGGCGUUGGGUCGAUGUUUGCUUGUACCGCGGCAAGUGUUGGAGACGCUGCUCG